AUGACUCGCAUUGUUGCAUCCGAUGAUAUGGCCAAUGUACGACGAUCUCUUGCGGAUGCAGGAAUACACUUUGAUAAAUUAUAUAUUAAUCAAGCAUAUUUCAAUAGUAGUUUCACGAUACAACCGUCGGAAAAAACUAAAAAACGAUCUAAACCUGGUUUUUGGAAGAAACUAUUGUGUGGAUCUGAAAUGAAACAAUGUUCGACAGGCACACAAACAAAUUUAAUAGUGCGCGAUGAUUAUCAACACAGACCACCUCCUGUAACUUCUCGGCAACGUAUGCCUCCUACAGAGAAUACUUAUGAUUACCGGCGUUAUCGUUCACUAAAUCGAGAAUACACUCAUAAAAAGUCUCAACAACCUAUUCGUCGUCGACGUUCAUCACUGAUCACCCGAUCAGUACAAAUACACCGACAAAAGCGAAUCGAUGAUGAUGAUGACGACGAGAACGAUGAAUUUGCAGUGUAA